AUGGAGCUGGAAAGAAAGCGGAAGCGAGAGGCCGCGCAGGGCCUGAUCGCCGCCAUGCUUGACGAGGACACCGCGAGUCCUCCCGAGGAGCAGGUCAAGAAGGCGCCUUUGCAGGAGCUGCGAAAGGAGCAGGAGACCGCCGCCAUCAAGCCAGACCCCUCGCGGUGCCAGGCGAGAACAUGGAAGGGCGGCCAAUGCUCUCUUAGGCCCUGCUCCGAGCAUCGGCUGUGCCACUCCCACGAGCGCCAGCUUUGCUCCGCGAGGGGCCUGGCGCAGGGCUUCGUGACGGCGCCGCUCCGAGCGACGGCCGUGGAGCCGGGGGCCUCGAGCGAGGGGCGGGUGCCGAAGGCCCAGGGCAUGGAAAGCCAUAGCACUGGAUUUGGCCACGAGUUUCUAUGUCAUCACCUCCUGAAGAUGGUGGCGCCCUGCGGUUCAGGCGCCUGCUACCCCUCCGGCAACGUGGACUGCCAGAUGUCCAUGUGGGACGAAUGGUCUCCCUGCACCGCUCGCUGCGGGGCUGGCUCCAAGACCAGGGAGCGGAGAGUCAUCUCCGAGGCUCUGGCAGGGGGCCACUCUUGUGAGGGACCGCUGAAGAUGAUGGAGAGCUGCCAGGUGGGCCAGUGCAACAUUGUGGACUGCCGCUGGGGAGAGUGGGCCUCCUGGUCCGACUGCUCCUGCGAGUGCGGCGGCGGCACCAAGCGCCGGACCCGGGCGGUGAUGGAAGCCCCGCGCAACGGGGGCGCCUCCUGCCAACCCCAGGCGAUGGAGGAGGCCUUCCCCUGCAACACUCAGCCUUGCGGUCAGGGCUGCGUGGACGGCCAGUGGGGCGCCUGGGGCUCUUGGACGGAGUGCUCGGCGACCUGCGCCAGCAGCUACCGAUCGCGCAGCAGAAACUUGGACAUCCAGCCGAGCGCCUGCGGCAAGGCCGCGGGCGGGCCCCGGGAUCAGUUCGAGUUGUGCACAGACCUGCCGCCUUGCGUGCAAGACACCGACUGCGAGCUGCACGACUGGGGCCAGUGGUCCCAUUGCAGCUGCCAUUGCUUCGGCAUCCGCGAGAGGAACCGCUACAUCUCCCACUUCGCCACGGGGAACGGCAAGGCCUGCAAGCUCGCGGCGCUGAAGGUCAUCGAGCCAUGCAACCCGGGCCCGAUCGUGCCCUUCAACCCUGACGCCCCGAGCGGGCGCCGCCUCCUUCCCGCGUUCAACAAGCUGCAGGCGCCGCCGCUGGACUGCCAAGAGAAGCCCCCGGUCAACUGCGAGCUGCACUUGUGGGACGAGUGGACCCGCUGCUCCCGCGACUGUGGAGGUGGCCAACGGGAGCGCAGCCGCACUGUGAAGACGGCUCCCAAGCACGGCGGCCAGCCCUGCGAGACGGACUUGACGACGGUGGAGCCCUGCAAUGAGCAACCCUGCCAUCAGAUCCACUGCGAGGACUGCAUGUGGGGCGCGUGGAGCACUUGGGGUGCCUGCAGCAAGUGCGGGGGCCAGAAGUACCGGCACCGCUCCAUCGCGCAGAUGGCGAACCAUUGCUACAAAAUCUUUGACAGGUGA